AUGAGUGAGAGACAGCAAGCAAGUGUCAUACUGGCCCAAGUAGAAGAGAACUCACGCCCUUCUGUGACUGCUUUUGUGAAAAGGUUUGUGCUUGCCUGGUGUAGCGAAGAUCCUCCUCCCGCCGAAAAUGCGUUUAUUUCCCGCAAGAGCAGUCAGCAUGGAGGAACUGUCACCUACCGGUGUCAUAAUCAGUUUGAAAAAAAGAAGCAUGGCAAUGUCACUUGUCUUUUUGGCCAAUGGGAAGGAAUCACCCCUGUAUGCCAAGGGAUUACAACGUCUACUUCAUCUUUGGCGAAAGAAAAGGAAAAAGUUGUCCUUCCUGAUGACCGCGUCACUCAACCAGUGUCAACAAGUACUGAUCGUGCUCGCCCAGCCUCAACAAGUGCUGCUCCUACCAAUACUGAAAUACUCGAGCGAAAUCCAGAAUGCACAUGUCAAUAUUCGACUAACGACCCAAACUUGUUAGCGUACAUCAGCGGGAGGAAAAUUGAAUCUGGAUUCAAAAUCAAUCGUGGCUCGACUGUGACUUUUGGCUGUCAAAGUUUUGGGUAUCUUAAACUGAUUGGUCAACAUGAAGAUGUAUGUGCAGCUUGUGGGCAGCCAAUCAACGUUCCAAGAUGUGAUAUGCCCGUUGAAGGUGAUACUGUGGUAACUUAUGGAGGAGACUUCAGCGUGGUUGGAAUCAACCUGUUACAGGUAAAAAAGGGAGGAAGUAUGAAAUUUAUCUGUUAUGCAUUCACAUCCAGAAUACGCCCAUACCACCGCUAUCCACAGUGGACGACACCGUCUGAAGUCAACUCUGAAAUUUCCUAUAGCAGCGAACAUUUCCUGACCACCAUCUUGGAUAUCACAUCGCUCAGUGAACAGCACUCAGGACAGUACACUUGUGGUGGACAAUAUUUGAAUCCUACGUUCUUAAAUGUACGUGUUGUAGAAUCGAAAGAGAGUUGCCCGUUGUUUUCAAGAAGUGGAAAAUAUUUCGUUCAUUAUGAGGAAGACAGAGCCUCUUUUCAUUGCAGAAAAGAUAAUCAAAAGCUGAGAGGAGCAAGCGUUUUACUGUGCGAUUCGAAUGGCCACUGGUCUGCCGAGCCACCUGAUUGCAUAGAUUUGGAGUGUCCAGAUUUGAUUGAAGGAGGCAAUCUGACUGUCUUCUUAACGGCCGGUAAGAAAGUAGGAAGCAAGGCUACUUUCCACUGUGUGUCGCCUCAGCAGCUGAAAGGGAAUGCGAUCCUUGAAUGCCUGAGAAAUGGAACAUGGUCUGCUGAAGCCCCAACAUGCGUUCUCCCCGUCUGUUCCGUGUAUGAGUUGCAAUCCUUAAUGCCCGAGUUGGUGUACCCCGUAUUGGAGAAUGUGGAUUCGGAUACCGUUUCCUUUGGGUCAAAUUUCACUUUGAAAUGCGAAGAUAACCGACAAAUCACACAACCAGCUAUGGCGAUUUGUGGUGUCGGCGGAAAGUGGACUGUUCCAAGUGUAGCCUGCAUCUCUGGCUGCGGACCUUUCGCUAAAGAUUCUGGAUCCGUGGUGAUUGUGGAACCUCAACAAGACUUCUAUCGCCUUGGGGAACAAAUCUUGCUCUCCUGCCCCCCUGGACUUAAACUGACUAAAGAAAUCGAAGUGGUCAUGUGUUUUGGAGGGAAGUGGAGUGAAGUUGAUAUCCCCCACUGCCAGUAAACAUCGAAUUUCAAACGAAAAAGAAAAUGAUACCACUCUGGAAAUCAACAAGUUUAUAAACAUAGUAGAUAUACCGUAAAAUAAGACCUAAUCCAAAUAUAAGCAGUAGCAUGAUUUUUCUGGAUUUUUCUAAUGCAAUUAGAAUUCUAAUUCAAGGGUUCCGCGAAAUUUGCAUUAUUUUUGUAAAAUUGAAAUUACGCACUUAAAAGUUUGAUGAAAGUGAGCUUUGAUUAAAGCUUUAAAUUAUUAUUAUUUUAGA